AUGUUGGAUGUUACGCGAUUUCUUUUGAAGCAGGGGUUGUCUUUUCGUGGACAUGAUGAGUUAAGUAAUUCUUUAAAUAGAGGAAACUUUCUUGAAUUGCUUCAAUGGUACAGUAAACGAAAUGAGGAAGUUUCAAAGGUUGUUAAUCAAAAUGCUCCCGGAAAUAAUCAAAUGAUUUCUCCAGCAAUUCAAAAAGACCUUACGCGUGCUUGUGCUUAUGAGAUAACACUUUCCAUAAUCGAAGAUAUUGGAAAUAAUAUUUUCUCCUUAAUGGUUGAUGAAUCUCGAGACAUUUCAGUGAAGGAGCAAAUGAGAGUUGUUUUGAGAUAUGUGAACAAAAGAGGCCAGGUGAUUGAACGAUUCCUUGCAAUUGUACAUGUAUCUGACACUAGCUCUCGUUCUUUGAAGGAUGCUAUCGAUGCUUUAUUUGUGAAACAUGGAUUAUCAUUAUCUAGAUUGAGAGGUCAAGGAUAUGAUGGAACUUCAAAUAUGCGGGGUGAAUUCAAUGGGUUGAAAUCUCUCAUUUUGCAAGAAAAUCCAUAUGCAAGUAGACGUAGAAGGCAAGUCAUCACCAAUUUACAUUAUUAUCGUGUGGAAGUUUUCUAUCAGGUUGUUGAUUCAGUUAUACAAGAGAUCGUUUUUCAGAAGUUGACACAGAAUUGCUUAGUUGAUCCAAAUUUUUCUGGAAUUGAAGAUUUGGGGAGUUUUGCUCAGAAAAUUGUUGAAACUCUAAAAAAUCAAGCUUAUCCAUUGGUUUAUCGUCUGAUUGAGAUGACAUUAGUUUUACCAGUUGUGACCGCUUCUGUUGAAAGAGUAUUUUCUGCGAUGAAGACGAUAAAGACUUAUUUACGUAACAUAAUGGGAGACGAGUGGAUGAAUGACAGUCUAGUUGUAUACAUCGAGAAAGAUAUCUUUUCAACAAUUGAAAAUGAGCAAAUAUUGCAGUAUUUUCAAAAGAUGAAAAGCUGCAAAAUGCAGUUGUCUCAUCUUUCUUAUCUAAGGAUCACCUGA